AUGAUAAAGAAGAGAAAGAAGAAAUCAUAUACUUCCGUAUAUGCUUUAGGGCAAUAUAUAUCUAUGUCUGCCCAUAAAGCACGGAGAGUUAUUGAUCAAAUACGUGGACGUUCCUACGAAGAAGCACUUAUGAUAUUAGAACUUAUGCCUUAUCGAGGAUGUUAUCCCAUUUUUAAAUUGGUUUAUUCUGCCGCAGCGAACGCUAGUCACAAUAAGGGUUUCAAAGAAACCAAUUUAGUCAUUAGUAAAGCUGAGGUGAACCAAGGAAAUACUGUGAAAAAAUUAAAACCUCGUGCCCGAGGACGAAGUUACCCAAUAAAACGAUCCACUUGUCAUAUAACUAUCGUAUUGGAAGAUAUAUCCUUCUAUCAACAAUAUGAAGAAUAUUUAAUGUAUUUAAAAAAACCUGGAUGCAGCAAUGAAAACAGAAAUCUAACAUGUUAUGAUAGAUAUAGUAGUGGAGGCCUAUGGGACAAAAAAUAA